AUUGUCUUUAUUUUUCCUAUUACUUUCGUAAUCUUAACACAGAAAAUUUCGUUUGUUUCGGAAAAUAUUUUGUACAAAAAAUAGUUCAAAAACUUUUAUAUUAAUAAUAUUAAUUAAAUCUAAAAUAAUAAAUGUAAGAUUAAAAAUGUAAUUUACCUAAAAUGUAAUAAUAAAAGAUUUAAAAAAAUAAAAAGAUUAAUUAAAAAGAAAACCAUAGAGGAAAAGGCUUUCCACUGACCGACACGUGUACAUUCUCCCUUCCGUCCCCGCUGUUUUUUCCCACCAAUAAUAAAGAAGAUUUAGCUUCGAAAAUGUAGUUUGCCUUUUCUGUGUUUGAAAAACCAAUCCAUUUCUCAACUGCUUACUCAUCGUCACUCUCAGCGACGCUGACUCAGAGAAACACAAUGAAAUAAAAUAAAUUAAACUAAAAUAAUAAUUAAUACAGAUAGGGAAUCUGAAAUUGAAAUCAUUUUGUUGGUAAUCAUUGAUUACGAGGAGAAAAGGUAGGGUGUGGUGGCCGUUCCACGCUCAACACUUCGGAGAAAAUGGCCACCAUAGGCGUUUCAGGUUCAGAGUCACCGGAAAGCAUCCAAACUUCUCUUUUAAACGUCGUCGUUGAAGGCUUCGUUGAUUACAGAGGCCUCCCGACCUACAGAUCAAACUCCUGGGGAUGGACAUCAGCGUCUUUCAUAUUAGGUUGAGAAAUAAGCUUUUUAUUAUUAUUAUUAUUAGGUCCCUUUAUUGCUGAUUCUUGUCUUGGAAGAUAUCGUACCAUCGUCGUUGGAUGUGUUAUCUGCAUAUUAGGUCUUGGCUUGUUGACUCUAUCGACUACUAUUUCUUCUUUCAGUGCUUCUAGUGGCCCAUUUCAAGUAGUUUUCUUCUUCUUUUCUCUAUAUUUGGUAGCUUUUGGGCAAGGUGGAUAUAAACCUUGUGUUCAGGCUUUUGGAGCAGAUCAAUUUGAUGAAAGAGACCCCAAGGAAAGCAUAGACAAAAACUCUUUCUUCAACUGGUGGUAUUUUUCUAUGUGUUCAGGCAUCUUAGUAGCACGAUUGAUCUUAAUCUACAUACAAGACAACCUUAAUUGGACCUUUGGUUUUGGAAUCCCAUGUAUUGUGAUGGUCAUUGCACUAUUCAUAUUCUUACUUGGUAGUAAGACGUAUCGCUAUAGUAUCAAGGUGGAAGAAAAAAGUGCGUUUCAAAGAAUUAGACAGGUUUUUGUUGCAACCAUUAGAAACUGGCGAUCUUCUUCUGCAAUAGCUUUGGAGGAAGAAGCUUGUCAAUCGCUGCCUCACCAUAGCUCUGAUCAAUUCAUGUUCCUUAACAAAGCCCUGUUUGAGUGUAGCCUUAAUGAAGUUGAAGAAGCUAAAGCAGUACUUAGACUUAUUCCUAUAUGGGCUUUGUGUUUGAUAUUUGGUGUUGCGGAUGCACAGUUCUCAACUUUAUGCACUAAGCAAGGAGCAACUAUGGAUAGAUCAAUUUCCCCAGGUUUCGAUAUACCACCAGCUUCACUUCAAUCUCUUAUCAGCAUUACUAUUAUUUUAUUCAUUCCAACCUAUGACCGCAUCAUUGUUCCCAUAGCAAGGAAUUUAACUAAAAAUCCUUCUGGCAUUACAAUGCUUCAGAGGAUUGGAACUGGGAUGGUUUUUUCUGCCCUGAGUGUGGCAAUUGCUGCUAUAGUUGAGAUGAAAAGGCUCAAAGUCGCUCGAGAAUAUGGUCUAGUUAAUAAGCCAAAUGUGACAGUUCCAAUGAGCAUAUGGUGGUUGAUUCCUCAAUACGUAUUGGAUGGAGUUGCUGAUGGAUUAACCUCGGUUGGAAUGCAAGAAUUCUUCUAUGACCAGGUUCCCGGAGAAUUGAGAAGCGUGGGUGUUUCUCUCUAUAUCAGCACCUCUGGUAUGGGAAGAUUUAUUAGCAGUUUUCUCAUUUCUAUCAUUGAGAGACUCACUGGAGGGGAAGGCUGCGAUAGUUGGUUUGCUAAUAAUCUGAAUGGAGCUCAUCUUGAUUACUUCUAUUGGCUAUUAGCUGGACUAAGUACAAUACAAUUGGUUGUUUACUUGUAUUUUGCAAAAAAUUAUGUGUAUAAAAGGGAAGGCACAAAUUAAACA